AUGUCUGCCCCGGCUUUUCUCUACUCCCAGCUGUUUGUCAGCCUCCCUGUACCAAACCACGACUUCACGGCCCAAACCGUGGUCAUUACAGGUGGUAAUGCCGGCCUGGGACUGGUAACAGCACGCUACAUGCUAAACCUGAAUGCAUCCCACAUCAUUCUUGGGGUGCGGAAUCUGUCCAAGGGACAGGCAGCCAAAGAGGAACUCCAGGCGUCCACUGGCAGAACCACUCCAAUUGAUGUCUUUCAACUCGACAUGGAAAACUACGAGUCGGUCAAGGCCUUCGCUGCGUCUUUGUCUGCCCUGCCCCGCGUCGAUGUGGCAAUCCUCAAUGCAGGAAAGAUGUCGCAAGACUUUUACAUUGCCGAGAAAGACGAGAGCACAAUUACCGUCAAUGUCGUCAGCACGAUGCUCCUAGCGCUGCUCGUGCUACCGAAACUUCGAGCCUCCGCGCAGGAUGGACGGCCUACUCCCAGACUGGUUAUCGUGGCGUCUGAUCGGCAUGUGAUGACCAACUUGCCUGAGUGGAAGACGCCCAAUACGUUCGAUACCUUGCGCGCUGCAACGGACUCUGGCCCCGAUGAUCGGUACUACGCAUCCAAGCUCCUUGAAGUUCUUUGUAUGCGCGAACUGGCAAACAAGAUCGCCGCCACCAGCCCAAAGGUCGUUGUCAAUGGGCUGACACCUGGGUAUUGUCUUACCCACCUUGUUGAUGGCAUUACGGGCUUCUGGGGCUGGCAGCUGUACAUAAUGAAGCUGUCCCUUGCCAGAACAGCCGAACAGGGAUCUCGUACCCUGGUCCAUGCAGCAAGCCUUGGUUUGGAAUCGCAUGGCAAAUACCUGAAUGACUGCAAGAUCGACGAUGGAGCUUUGUCCGGCUUUGUUCGAAGCGAGGAGGGGAAUCAAGCCCAGCAGAAGGUUUGGAGGGAGCUGAUGGAGAAGUUGGAGGCCAUUGUGCCAGGCGUAUCAGCCAAUCUUGUUUGA